UGUUGGGGCAUGUGACGCGAUCAGACCUCUACUGUGCUCUACUGUGUCCCGCGAGAGACGGAAAUCAGCAGAGAAGAAGCCAGUCGUAACUGUUAUUUUGCAAGUGAUGUCCAGGUUCAUAUUGGAGAAAGAUUAGAAACCUAAAUGUCAAAAUGAAUGAAAAUUUGAUAAAACGGAUAAAGAGACAAUUAAACGAAAAAUUUUAUGUGAUGAACGAUGCGUGGUUAAGAGAUUGCAUUGAAUUCUUUAUUGAAGACAAGACCUCUCAUGAAAUAACAGAUAAGGACAUUUUCGAAUUUGUAGAGAGCCAGUGGCAACUAAGUGACCUGCGGGAAAUUAGCAAUGAAACUGAAUGUCUGCCAAGAAACCUAGUACAUCAGACAUACACCGUACUUCGCAAUACCUAUAUCUUGCAAGUAGACAAAAUGUAUGACAUAGUAAAUGCAAAGUAUAAGCAGCUUUGUGAAAUUCGUAAAAUUGACAAUAAAAACUUGGAAGUAACGGAAGCAGAGAAAUCGGAAGAAGAAUGGCAACCUAAGGGCAGAAGAAUGAUGCAAUUGUACCUUACUGACGGAAUUCAGAAUAUCACUGCAAUAGAGUACAUUCCAAUGAAAAAAAUAACUGGUACAUUACUUCCUGGCUAUAAGGUAAUGAUAAUUGGACCAGUCGACUGCAGACGCGGUAUUAUUCUCCUAAAAGAUAGCAACUAUAAGGAAGUUGGUGGAGAAGUGGAAUCUCUGUUGAAAUCUAACGCGUUGGAGAAUGUCUUGGCGAGAGCUCUAGGAGAACCAGAAAAUCCUGAUCCAUACAAUGAUAACGCACCAUCCAAAAUCAUGAAUCAGAAUGGCCAAAACGCAGAACCUAAUUCUAACAGCAGUUUCUUCGAUGAUGACUUUGAAGAAGCUGUUGAUUUGGAAGCAAUGACAGCCAUCGAACGACGGAGACAGGACACCGAAACUAUCCAUAAUACUACGUACGAUUAUAGACAAGUAAAUAGGAAAGAAACGAAUAAAAUUGCAAAAGAAACAUUGAAAGAUACAGACUUUGAACCCUUAGAAGAUUGGCCCAAUGAACCCUCAAUGAAAUCCUCACGAAUAUUGCUAUCGCGAACGGAGACUGAAAAACCCGACAAGGAUAAUAUAAUAAUAAUCAAAGAAGCAUCAACUUCUACACGAAGUUUUUUCAGCGAAUCGCUUUUUACGAGUUCAGUUAAGAAUCAAAGUAAUUCGGAAUUUUCUGAUGACAAUUUUGAUUUCGAUGAUUGCAACGUUAUAAUUAAAACGAACGAAUCGCAAAGUCAGCAAGGUGGAAAUUUUUUAAAGCAUAAGACCGAAAUGUAUCUUCCGUCAAUAAUGCCCACAUUGAAAUCGAAUUGUAAUGCUUUAUCAGAAGUUGAGAAGUGUAUAUCCACGAAAACGUUAGAAAAUGAAAAAUUAAUGACUAUUUCUAAUUUUUUCAAGUCCCGAUCAGCUUCCAAAAUCUAUGAUGUUUUAAGUGACGUGUUACGUGAGCCUAUCACGGAAAAAAUAUACAGAACAGUGAGAGGUCAAGUAAAAAGUCUAGUUUCGAAACUAACGAAACAGGGUAAGUGUUGGUCGCUAACGGCAAUGAUCACGGAUCACACAUCCAGUGUAGAAAUGUGUUUCAAUUCUGAGAUUUUGGAGCGAUUUCUUGGAUUCACUGUAGCGGAGUUUUUACAGAAAAAGAAACUUGCCAAAUACGAUCCUCAAAUAAAUAACGAAUUACGUCUAAAUCCGACUGUCAAAACUAUGGCCUACUGUGUCCUCGAGUGCACCUUAAUUAGAAGCAAAAAUUGUCAUCAAAUCUUGAUAUCAAAUUGGGUGCAACAUCAGAACAGGUCUGUCACUAGCAGUACAAAUUCACGCAGUAAAUUGAGAACAGAUGUUGCAACGUAAACUCACAGCAGAUUUGCACUAAAUAUGCAGCAGAUCUGUAUUCGUAAAUGAUGACAGGUGGACGACAGAUUUGUCGCAUCUUUUCGUUUUCACAGUUAUAAUUUUAUUUGAGAAUCGAUGUAAACAAUCUCUUUGGAAGAUUUAUUAAUUCAGGAGUAAGAACAGAUUGAAUAAUUUACCUCCCACUCCCUCCUUAGCAUUUAAUAUUUCCUAUAAGGAGGCCUUAAUUGACCUAUCUAUUUUCUCCCUUUGUUCGAGACCGAUCGGAACAUUUUGAAUGCCCCAGCAACCAGGCAUAAUAACAGAGGAUCCCGGUUAGCAACAACGCCUUGUAUACACGAUCAGAGUAAAAACAAUCGCGCUUUCCUUCGUAAGACAAACAAACGCCACGCGCGAUUGCGCAAAGCACGUAAGCGUUCAUCUCGCUCCGCCAAUCCCCUCCGCAAAAUCGUGAACGCGGAUGGCACUCUCUCUCUCUGCCUGCAAUGAGCGCGAAAAAACCGCUCAAUUCCUCUACGACAAAAGAUUCGUUUCCUCGCUUACACCCUUCAUAUUGCAGAUAUAUCAACUAUUCUAGGUGCAAUUAAUUUCACUAAAUUUCUUGGAGUUAAAUAUCAUUCCAAAAAAAUAAAAAUAUUACCAGUCCUGUAUUAUAAAAGUAUUAUGUGGCGGUCCUCCACUACAUCGGACACCGCAAGCGCAGCAAAGGAAGGUAACUUUUGCUUACCUUAGCCGCGUUGCGAGUUGUCUUUAUGGGUGCGUUCGGGGAGACGCUAUUAGCGCUAUCAGCAGCAGUUUAUCCUUGUUCUACUUUUAAUAAGUAAUGAAGAUGGACUGAUGCUGGUAGCGCUAAUAGCGUCUCUCCGAACCUAUGUAGCGAAUUGACUGCAUUUUACUCCCGAGAGAGUAGGCCGCCUAUCGACAGUGCCGGGCUUUUUAUUGCCAAUUUGACAUUUCGACAAAUCUGCUGCGUUUCUGGUAUCAAUCUGUCGCGUACUUUGACGCACAAAUGUUAUUGCAUUUCUAUAAGCAAUUUGCUAACAUUGUUUGCACUUUGAUGUUUGUCGUCAAUUUGUCAGCAAUACUUUUAAUAAAUCUGCUCGCAGUUACCUAUUAUUUUGUUGUGUAUUCUGAUGACAGACAUUGUUAAAAUAUUUGCUGAAUGUCUGCUAAUAGUGUUUGCAAUGACAAGAUAUGUUCCUCAUUUCCUACUUUCUUGGCAACAGAAUCUGUUGCCAAUAUUUGUCACAGCAGAAAUGAUUAUCUGGGAAUGUGCCCCCAAAAAUGCAGCAAAAGUACAACAAAAUUUAAUAACAUUAACAAAACAAAAA